AUGCAUCUUUGGAGUCAGCUUGUCCUGGUGGUGUUUUCAUCAGUGCUGCCGACUCUUGGACAGAAUGUUUUGGAUCUGAGUGGUGAUGGGUGGACUGUUAGAAGCAAGGCGCUGAACAUUAGUGUCCCCGGCAAUGUUCCCUCACAGGUGCAUUUGGAUCUUCUUGAUGCGAAUGUGAUCGGUGAGUCUCUCCCAGUCCCAAAGCUGACCUAUCAUGGUUUGAAUGACUUCAAUUUGCGUUGGGUCGCAGAGAACAAUUGGACUUAUACAAGUAAACCAAUCGACGGCUUGUUAAGCACUUUUAAAUCCUCCUGGCUUGUGUUUAAUGGACUUGACACCUUCACAACAAUUGAGCUCUGCGGUCAAUUUAUAGGAACCACAAAUAAUCAGUUCCGGCAGUAUACCUUUGACAUUUCCAAUGCGCUGAAACAUUGCAACGGCUCUCCAACCGUUUCUCUCGAGUUUGGAAGUGCCACCAAGAUCGCAAAUGCAAUUGCCGUUGAUCCAAACUCACAAAAAUGGCCUGGCGGUGUCCAAGGGAUCUUUGAAUUCCCCAACCGGUGGUAUAUCCGAAAAGAACAAUCCGACUUUGGCUGGGACUGGGGCCCAGCGUUCUCGCCUGCUGGCCCAUGGCAGAAUAUCUACCUGGUUCAGUCCGAAGACGAAAAAGAUAUACAUAUUCUAAACACAUGCUUUGACAUAUAUCGAAAGGGCCAGAUCAACCACCUUGCUCCCGAUGAGAGUCAGCCCUGGGUUGUCAAUGCAAGUAUUGACUAUCUCGGCUCUCUACCCAGACGCCCAUCUAUGUCUAUCAAGAUCAAGGACGUUGAGUCGGGCAAAGUAUUGAAGUCCGGAUCGCUCGAUAAUGUCAUUGUAUCUGGACAAAUCAUCACCGGUACCACUAUAGUUGAUGCAGACACGCCUAGCCUCUGGUGGCCCGCAGGCAUGGGCAAGCAAUGCCUGUACAACGUCACAGUAACUAUCCAGAACGCAGAUGAUGAUCUAGCCAGCGUAACCCGACGCACUGGUUUUCGCACUAUUUUCCUCAACCGAUCCAAUAUCACCGACACGCAGCUGGCUCAGGGUAUCGCACCUGGCGCGAAUUGGCACUUCGAGGUAAACGGUCGUGAAUUCUACGCCAAAGGCUCGAACCUCAUUCCACCAGACGCCUUCUGGCCGCGAGUCACUGUGGCCAAGAUGCAGCGACACCUCGAUGCAGCUGUCGCUGGAAAUCAAAAUAUGCUUCGAGUGUGGGCUUCGAGCGCAUACCUCCCAGACUUUAUCUAUGAUCUCGCCGACGAACGCGGAGUGUUGUUGUGGAGCGAGUUCCAAUUCAGCGAUGCUCUGUAUCCAACGGACCAGCCGUUCCUUGACAAUGUUGCUGCCGAGGUGAUCUACAAUGUGAGACGCGUCAAUCAUCAUCCAUCCUUGGCUUUGUGGGCUGGUGGAAACGAGAUUGAAAGCUUGGAACUACCAAGCGCCAAACAACACGAUCCUGCAUCAUACCCCCGCUUAGUUGGCGAUUACGAACAUCUCUUCAUCUCUCUGAUUCUCUCUCUGGUAUACGAGAACUCGCGAUCGAUUUCAUACAUGCCCAGUAGCACAAACAACGGCUUCCUGGAAGUUAAUCUAUCUGCUCCAGUUCCCAUGACCGAGCGCUACGAUAACGGCACGGAGGAAAAAGGCCAUUACUACGGUGAUACAGACUACUACAACUACGACAGCAGAGUAGCAUUUGAUUUCACCGGUUACCCAGUCGGCCGCUUCGCCAACGAAUUCGGAUACCAUAGUAUGCCGAGUCUACAAACAUGGCAGCAAGCCGUGGACGACGAAGACCUCCACUUCAACAGCAGUACCAUCAUGCUCCGAAACCACCACUACCCAGCUGGCAGCCCUGACACGAACAAUUACACGAGAUCAGCGUUAGGAAUGGCCGAAAUGACCCUAGCAGUGGAGCGAUACUACCCGAUUCCCAACAAGCAAGACUCCGUCGCCAACUUCAGCGCCUGGUGUCACGCAACACAGCUUUUCCAGGCGGACAUGUAUAAAUCUGAAAUCCAAUUCUAUCGUCGCGGAAGUGGAAUGCCGGAACGUCAGCUUGGAGCGCUGUACUGGCAACUCGAAGAUAUAUGGCAGGCUCCGACGUGGGCUGGGAUUGAGUAUGAUGGGCGCUGGAAGGUUCUUCACUACGUCGCUCGUGAUAUUUUCCAACCUGUUAUUGUAUCGCCGUUCUGGAACUAUGCUACUGGUGAUUUGGCUGUUUAUGUGACGUCGGAUCUCUGGGAGAUGGCUCGGGGAACUGUGAAGUUUACCUGGAUAGAUUUGUCUGGUAAGCCGAUAUUAGGGAAUGCGGGUACUCCCUUGACGAAAGAGUUCUCUGUUGGGGCACUUAAUACUACCAGGAUCUACGAAACCAACCAGGCGCAGCUCACUCUGUCUGAUACAAAAGAUGCCGUGCUGGUCAUUGAUCUCACUGCUCGGGGCCGUCUACCGAAUGCAGAGAGCAAGACUGCGACUACAUUCACUCACCGGAACCAGUUUACGCCUGCCUUUCCUAAAGAUUUGGCACUGAAAAAUCCGGAACUCAAGCUAUCUCAUAAUUCCUUGGCUGGCACGUUCACCGUCGAAGCUCAGAGUGUUGUCUCGUUGUAUACAUGGCUUGACUACCCCGCUGGUGUGGUGGGAUACUUUGAGGAUAACUCGUUCUCUUUACUUCCAGGCGAGGAACGGACUCUUCGCUUUGUUGUACAGAGCGAUGAGACUGGGGGGAAGUGGGUUGAUGGUGUUACCGUUCGCAGUCUGUGGGAUCAGACUACGGAAAUUUGA